AUGGCUGACACUGGCGAAGAAUCAAAGUCAUAUCGCGGCUUCACUCAUCAGGAGAAUUUGGCCGAUGAGCACGGCCCUCCGGUAGAAGAUUUGAAAUCGGCUAUUGAAGACGAAGAUGUGAACAAUCCUCAGAAUUGGUCUCUGUUAGCCAAGCUCUCCACCUACCUUACCAUCUGUUCGUUCACAUUUCUAGCCAAUGUGAACUCGAGUAACUUCACGGUCGCCACCUCAGCCGUGAUAAAAGAGUUUGGUGUAAGCCAGACUAAGGCCGGACAACUCGUGUGUUUCAAUGUAUUCUUAUUCGGAGUUGGAAAUAUCUUCUGGGUCCCCCUAAUGCGCGUUACCGGAAAACGCCCAGUCUAUCUAAUCGCCAUGCUGCUACUCUGCAUGAUAAACAUCUGGUCAAGCCAAUGCACCAGCUAUGGGGAACUUCUUGCAUCGCGCAUUGUCUCGGGCUUUGCAGCAGCAGCAGCAGAUGCCACCGUGCCAGCCGUGGUGGCUGAUAUGGUCCCAGCUAAGGAUCGGGGUCAUUAUAUGAUGUUUUUCCACCUGGCUAUGACAGCAGGUUUGUUUGUCGGGCCUUUAAUUAAUGCAUACCUAGUACAACAGCAGAACUGGCGUUGGAUGUGCUACUUCCUAGCUAUUGCUGUUGGUGUUGUCUGGAUGGUCGCCAUUUUCACUAUUCGAGAGACGUCAUACGUCAAGCGCAAUGUUGGACAGAAACGAUCGCAGUUGCAGUGGAUGUCUUUAACAAUUGGAUUCAAUCGGGAUGCGUCGUUUCUCCAAGCAUUUUUGGAUAUCCUCGCUUCUGCCGCUUAUCCACCACUGAUAUGGUGUUCCCUCACCAUUGGUAUCUCAGUUGGAUGGAAUAUCGUCGUCCAGCUGACAUCUUCUCGCACUUUCCUCAAGCCACCUUACAGCUGGGAGCUUGGUGAUCUUGGACUGUUAUCCAUCUCCGGGUUUAUUGGAUGUCUUUUUGCCUUCUACCUGGGUGGACGCUUGAUCGAUAUUAUCUCGAAUCGAAGUACGAUUAAGCACGGAGGAGUCCGCAUGCCAGAGUACCGUUUACCCGCCAUUAUAGUCCCCGGUACAAUCGGCCCUGCGGGUAUUCUCAUCUUUGGACUCUGUAUUGCGCACCAGACACACUGGAUUGGACCGGCGAUCGGAUAUGCUAUGCAAGCGUUUGGGGUGGCUGCUAUCUCCAACGUGGCGGUAACAUACUCCCUCGACUCUUAUAAGCCAGUCACCGGUGAGGCCCUGGUCAUCAUCUUCGUCAUUCGCAAUACCAUUGGUAUGCUCUUGUCUCUCUAUGCGAGCGAUUGGAUUACACGACAAGGUACUGUUGCUGUCUUUGGAGAAAUGACAGCGAUUCAAGUUGUUAGCGUUCUAUUCGCUAUUCCUUUGUACUAUUGUGGCCGCCCGCUGCGAGCUUGGACUUCGAGCUAUGGCCCGAUGAAACGAUUUCAAGACGCUUAG